AUGAUUAUAAGCGGGUUCGAUAAGCAUAUCGACACUGCGGAGGCACCUCGAUUGUCAAAAUAUAAUUUUAGCAUAGAUGCAUCAGGGAUCAUGUCAGCUAUUGGAAGAAUCAAAGACACCAGGUGGCCCAGGCCCAUACAAACCGAUCCUUCUCAAAAGAAUCCAAACUUGAUGUGCAUGUAUCAUGGAACAUGUGGUCAUAGAACCGAAGAUUGCAGGCAUCUAAGGGAGGAAGUAGCUCGAUUGUUCAACGAGGGUCAUCUUCGAGAAUUUCUAAGUGAUCGAGCUACGAAUCACUUCAAUGAAAGGGAUGCAAGUGAAAAUGAGCAAGAAGAACCACAACAUGUAAUCCACAUGAUCGUUGGCGGGGUCGAUAUCCCACAAAGGCUUGUGUUCAAAUUCACCAAGGUGUCGAUCACAAGAGAGAAACGAACUCGGAGUUAUGUGCCCGAGGACGUCCUGUCAUUCUAUGAUGAAGAAACAAAAGGCAUAUCUCAACCACACAAUGACGCCUUGGAUGGAGUAAAAACGGUCUAUGGAGAGCAAUGCACUGCAAAGGAGAUGUUUGCAGUCGAUGAAGUGACGCUGAUACUGCAGCCUUCGACCUCGAAAAAGUCGAACACUAAAGAUAAUCAAGCAGCCAAAUAG